AUGUAAUAAUCUAAUCAAGAAAUUGCCUAAACAGAAAGAUAGUGUUAUAUCAAACUACCAUCGAUUGCUAAAUGUCGAUUAUCAAUAAAGAGCAUUAUGUCAGAGGCAGAAUUGAUAUAAAAAUCUGUAAGUUGUGAAAUGAUCUAUUAAAGUCAGUUAAUAAUACUCGAUUUAUGAAACCUCUGGGAGAACGAAUAUUAAGAAAAGAACUAAAGAUUCAUUCCUCAAUUAUAGAAUUUAAACAGAACUUUAAAAAUAUGAUUACAAAUUCUAAAUAUGGUUUACAAUAUAUGAAAAGAAAGGUUUUCCCUAAACUAUAAGCACUUUGA